AUGUUCUGGAACACUGCCAGAAUAUGGCCGGCACCCCUGCUGCUCUACUAUGCCACAUCUAGCCUUGGUCAAAGUUCAUCUAAUCGUACAAUCGACGACCAAAAGGGCGAUCCUGUCACCGGCUUCAUUCCGACCUAUCUCCCCAACGAUAGGUGGAACAUCGGCCAAACAUGUGCCACCUGCGCCGUCAAACCUAGUGCUCUCAUCGACCCAGGCCGGGUUUUCGACGGGACGUGGCAUGACACGACGCACUACGGGCAAACCGAUGCCAACAUGAGCGUCCAGAUCGACUUCACGGGCACCGCCGUCUAUAUGUAUAACAUACUCGUCAAUAUCGUGGCCGGUCCUCAGACAUCCCUCACAAUGCUUCACUUCUAUCUCGACGGGGAUCAAGUCGGCACGUUCACCCAUGACCGCGAUGACACGACCGAGGUCAUCUACAAUGCGCUGGUCUAUAAGAAUACAUCUUUGUCAAACACACCGCAUUCUCUUCGCGCUGAAGCAUCAGGUGCCCAAAGCAUCCUAUAUCUCUUCGACUACGUCAUCUAUACAGUGGAAGACAAUGUGGAAUUUUCCUCUCAAGGACCGACAACAUCGCUGCCAUCGCCAACAUCGUCGUCGUCCCUAACAUCGGCAUCGCCACAGCCGUCUCCAGAGGCAUCGACGAGCGUCGGGGCUAUUAUAGGCGGCGCUGUAGGAGGGUUUCUAGUGCUCGGUGUAGUGGCCGUACUGUCGCUCUGCCUACUGUACCGCCGCCGGCGCUCUCGUGACCAGCAGCAGCUGCCCUCACGGGGCGGGUCACCCCGUACGCAAGCCUCGCAGCGGGAUGCAGAGAACUCUGACUUUGCGAUCACCCCCUACAUUGCUUCAGAGGAGUCAAGGUCAAUGGAUGGUUCAUCCGAGAAGUUCCUUGACCUUUUGAUAAAGGACAACUUCGCUGAGACGAUCCAUACCGCCAGUGCUGCUAGGACCGCUCCCUUUGCGCCCUCAAUCGCCACGCGCUCGGUGUCCACCUACGAGUCGAGCAUCGCACCGCCGCACACAAACGCCAGUAGUUCGCGCACGGUCGAGCUGGCGCUGCAAAUCCAGGCGCUGCAGGCGCAAGUCGCGAACCUCCGUGCGAUGCGUGGCGCCGCGCACCCGGCGGUGGACACCCCAUCCGACACAGAGCGAAGCUUAGCGGGCGAGCUCGCGGCAUUUCGAAGGGAGAUGGCGACGUUGCGGGCGGAGCUGGGCGAUCAGCAGCAGUACACGGGGAUGGCGCAGCUUGAUCUCCCGCCGUCCUAUGGAGUGUAA